AUGGAGACCGUGCUGCUGGAGCACUUCCCCGGGGGGCUGGACUCCUUCUCCUCGCCCCCCUACUUCGACGAGGAGGAUUUUUUCUCCGAGCCGCCUCCGCGGGACGUGCUGGCCGCGGACGGGCUGCUGGAGCCGGACGUGGAUUUCCUCAGCCGGCAGCUGCAGGAGUACUACCGCGACGGCGGCGACUCCGAGGGCGGCUACCGCUGCCCGGCGCCGGCGGCCGCCUUCCCGCCGUCUCCCGCCUCGCCCGGCUUCGCCUACGAAUGCUGCGGGGCGGCGGGCGCGGCCCUGCUGUCCCCCGGGGGGCGGCUCCAGGCGCUGGGCUCGGCCAAGCGGCGGCGGCGGGUGCGCUCCGAGGCGGAGCUGCAGCAGCUCCGUCAGGCCGCCAACGUGCGGGAGCGGCGGCGGAUGCAGUCCAUCAACGACGCCUUCGAGGGGCUGCGCUCGCACAUCCCCACCCUGCCCUACGAGAAGCGCCUCUCCAAGGUGGACACGCUGCGCCUGGCCAUCGGCUACAUCAACUUCCUCAGCGAGCUGGUGCAGUCCGACCUGCCGCUGCGCAGCUCCAGCAGCGAGAGCCCCAGUCAGCCCAAGAAAAUCAUCAUCUGCCACCGCGGCACAAGAUCUCCCUCUCCGAGCGACCCCGACUACGGACUCCCCCCUCUGGCCGGUCACUCGCUGUCGUGGACUGAUGAAAAGCAGCUCAAGGAACAAAACAUCAUCCGGACAGCCAAAGUGUGGACCCCCGAGGACCCGCGGAAGGUGAACAACAAACCCUCCGUCAACGACAUAGAGAACGAGCCCCCCUUCGACUACGUGGCGUGA